UUACACAUUUUUUUCAGAAACUUCUAAAAUAACUGUUUAUCUUACAGUUUGUUGUAUUUUACUUACGUUUUUGACACUUCUCGGUAAUAGCAUUCCGCCAUAGAAUGCGAAAAAAUCCAACUAUUAGACAAAAGUGACAAUUUUAUGUAGCUAAUGUGAUUGUUAUUUAUGAUUUGAUAGUGUUUUAAGUUAUUGACAGUAUUCGAGAUGGCUAGUCCAUCGCCACAGAAUAGCCCAAUGCCGCCGCCGCAGGCACCCAGUCCAAUGGGACCGCCGACUCAAAGCCCUGCGCCGCCGCAGUCACCGCACAGUCCUUAUAAUCCUCAACAUAUCAAUGGACCACCCCCGUCGCAUGCUCCGUCUCCAGGGCAGCCGCAAUUAGCUAAUCAUAUGCCUACCAAUGCUCCACCACACACAAUUGCUUCGAGUGCAAACGGAGCUCCAAGUGUACCGCAACAACAUCCGAGCAUGUCUCCGGUCGGACACCAACUUCCACCGCACAUGGUUGGACCACACAUACCUGGACCACCUGGUCAUCCAGGGUCACAUCCACCUGGCCCUAAUGGUCAUUCAAGUAUUCCUUCACCUUCACAACAUGCUGCUAUUCCGGGACAGGGGCCAGGUUAUAUGCAACAUCAACUAGGCCAUAUGCCUCCUGGUCAGGGACCGCCGGCGAUAAGUAUGCCUGGAGGUCCACCUCCGCCAGGUAAUGGAUUGCAAGGUCCACCCGGCGUACCGCUACCACUGGGUGGGCCUCCGCCGCACGGCGUACAUCCUUCAGGGCUCCCACCGAUGCCGCCACAUCACGUGAUGCUGCAAUCUGGCGGACCUCACUCUGGAGGCUACGCCCACGCCCCUUCGCCGGGCUCCAGUGCGCCUGCCAACACGCCCCCUGUGUCGCAGCCUUCUUCCGGGACGCCAAUACAGCAUCCGCCUUCAGCGCAAACGCCCCCUCACGGUCAAGCACCACCGCCUUCUACGUCGUCCGCGAACGGCGCUCCGCCCUCAUCCUCCCCCAUGCAGGGCUCUCUCCCGGCUCCCGGGCCCGAUAACCUACAUGCUCUACAAAAAGCAAUCGACUCAAUGGAGGAAAAAGGUUUACAGGAAGAUCCACGCUACUCCCAACUCCUAGCCAUUCGUGCGCGAACAAAUCCGCAAGAUCCGAAUAAAGGCCUUUUUUCGAAUACUCAACUUAGCCAGUUAAAAGCGCAGAUCGCGGCGUACCGCAACCUGGCGCGAAACCAGCCGAUCACGCAGCAGAUCGCGCUGAUGGCGGCUGGCAAGCGCGCGGGCGAGGCACCGCCCGAGUGUCCCACACCGCCCGCGCAGCCGCCCUCGCCGUACGCGCAGGCGCAGCCACAGCCCGGCAAGGCGGCCGGCGGCGGCGGCGCCCCUCCCACACCGCUGCCCAUGACCGGCCAGAUGGCCCCGCCCACGCAGCCCACACCGCCCCUAGUUAAUCCGCCGGUAGGCGGAGCGCCCCCAGUGCGUGGCGCUGCCCCAGUGCGCCCACAAGGACCGGCGGCCCCCGGACAGCCUACACAGCAACAGCCCGGCGUUCCCACACCAGGUGCAAAGCAGAAUCGCAUCACCAGUAUUCCCAAACCAGUGGGCAUCGAUCCUAUUCAAAUUUUAAAUGAAAGGGAAAAUAGGAUCGCAGCCCGUAUCGCUCAUCGUAUCGACGUACUGUCCAACCUGCCCGCCAACAUGGCUGAUGACUUGCGACUGCAGGCUCAGAUCGAGUUGCGAGCUCUUCGCGUUCUCAACUUUCAAAAGCAAUUACGUGCUGAGAUCCUCAGCCAAGUCCGUCGCGACACUACGUUAGAGACGGCAGUGAACAUAAAGGCGUACAAGCGCACGAAGCGUCAGGGGCUGCGCGAGGCGCGCGCCACAGAGAAGCUGGAGAAGCAGCAGAAGCUCGAGGCGGAGAGGAAGCGCAGGCAGAAGCAUCAGGAGUUCCUGCAGACUGUGUUGCAACAUGCUAAGGACUUCAAGGAGUAUCACCGCAACAACGUCGCGAAGCUGGCUCGUAUGAAUAAGGCGAUAAUGAACUACCACGCCAACGCCGAGCGCGAGCAGAAGAAGGAGCAGGAGAGAAUUGAGAAGGAGCGUAUGAGACGCCUAAUGGCAGAGGAUGAAGAAGGAUAUCGUAAACUUAUCGAUCAAAAGAAAGACAAACGGCUGGCAUUCCUGCUGUCUCAGACGGACGAGUACAUCGCGAGCCUCACGGAGAUGGUCAAGCAACACAAGCAGGAGCAGCGCAAGAAGCAGCAAGAAGAAGAAAGAAGGAAGAGGAAGUCGAGAAAGAAGAAGUUGCUGGAGGGCGGAGAGAUAGACGCGUUGGAUGACAGCUCGCAGACCUCAGAUACGCGCGUCAGUGUCGUCGACCCAAAGACCGGGGAGAUAUUGAAAGGUGAAGAAGCGCCAUUGCUUUCACAACUCAAGGAUUGGAUAGAUGCACACCCUGGCUGGGAGGUGAUGUCGGACUCCGAAGACUCUGGAGACGACAGCCAGGAUGAUGAAAAGAAAGGAAGGAAAGAUAAACAUAAGGACGAGAAGAGUGAUAAAGAGAAGACUGACGAAGAGAAAGCACGUGAUAUGAUAAAGAAGGCGAAGGUUGAGGAUGACGAGUAUAAGACAGAAGAACAAACAUAUUACAGCAUUGCUCAUACAGUUCAUGAAUCUGUAACAGAACAAGCCAGUAUAUUAGUCAACGGAAAAUUGAAGGAAUACCAGAUAAAGGGACUGGAAUGGCUAGUUUCUCUUUUCAAUAACAAUCUAAACGGUAUCCUGGCUGAUGAGAUGGGUCUCGGCAAGACUAUACAAACAAUCGCCUUGGUCACCUAUCUGAUGGAGAAAAAGAAAGUCAACGGUCCCUUCCUUAUUAUAGUACCACUCAGCACGCUGUCCAAUUGGGUGCUGGAGUUUGAGAAAUGGGCGCCGACGGUGACUGUGGUGUCAUACAAGGGCUCACCGCAAUCACGACGACUCGUACAGACACAGAUGCGAUCCACAAAAUUCAACGUACUCCUCACUACAUAUGAGUAUGUCAUUAAGGACAAGGCGGUGCUUGCUAAGGUGCAAUGGAAGUAUAUGAUAAUAGACGAGGGUCACCGCAUGAAGAACCACCACUGUAAGCUGACGCAGGUGCUGAACACACACUACAUCGCACCACACCGGCUGCUGCUCACCGGCACACCGCUGCAGAACAAGCUGCCAGAGCUCUGGGCGCUCCUCAACUUCCUGCUGCCUUCCAUAUUUAAGAGCUGCUCAACAUUUGAGCAGUGGUUCAAUGCACCAUUUGCCACCACCGGUGAAAAAGUGGAAUUGAACGAAGAAGAAACAAUUUUGAUUAUCCGUCGUCUGCACAAAGUGUUGCGUCCAUUCUUGUUGCGACGUCUGAAAAAGGAGGUGGAGAGCCAGCUGCCCGACAAGGUGGAAUAUAUUAUCAAGUGUGAAAUGAGUGCACUGCAACGGGUAUUAUACAAACACAUGCAGUCAAAGGGUGUGCUGCUGACUGACGGGUCAGAGAAGGGCAACAAGGGUAAAGGCGGGGCGAAGGCGCUGAUGAACACGAUCGUGCAGCUGCGCAAGUUGUGUAAUCACCCCUUCAUGUUCCCCCACAUCGAGGAGAAGUUCUGUGACCACCUCGGUACUGGCAGCUCUGUGCUCACCGGGCCUGACUUGUACCGGGUGUCGGGCAAGUUUGAGCUGCUGGACCGUAUUCUGCCGAAACUGAAGAGGACGGGGCAUCGAGUGCUGGUAUUCUGUCAGAUGACGCAGUGCAUGACCAUCAUUGAGGACUUCCUCUCGUGGAGAGGCUUCCAGUACUUGAGAUUGGACGGUAUGACAAAGGCGGAGGAUCGCGGCGAGCUGCUGAAGAAGUUCAACGACGCCAACUCUGAAUACUUCAUCUUCCUGCUGUCGACGCGAGCUGGAGGCCUCGGUCUCAACCUGCAGAGUGCGGACACCGUCAUCAUAUUCGACUCCGACUGGAAUCCACAUCAGGAUCUCCAAGCGCAAGAUCGUGCACAUCGUAUUGGUCAACGUAACGAAGUACGCGUGCUGCGGCUCAUGAUUGUUAACUCUGUGGAAGAGAGAAUCCUCGCAGCAGCCAGAUACAAAUUGAACAUGGACGAGAAGGUGAUCCAAGCGGGAAUGUUCGACCAGAAGUCGACAGGCUCUGAGAGGCAGCAGUUCCUGCAGAGCAUCCUGCAUCAGGACGGUGACGAUGAAGAGGAGGAAAACGAAGUGCCAGACGAUGAUCUGAUAAACGAGAUGAUAGCGCGGUCGGAAGAGGAGCUGGAGAUCUUCAAGCAGAUCGACAUCGAGCGCAAGAAGACAGAGUCACAGUCGCGCCUCAUCGAGGAGUCCGAGUUGCCCGACUGGCUCGUCAAGGAGGACGAUGAGGUCGUUUGUAACAAGGGUCAAGGGUGGAACUACUUGGAUGAGGACGAGACCCUGGGGCGCGGAUCUCGGCAACGUAAAGAAGUCGACUACACGGAUUCUCUGACAGAGAAGGAGUGGCUUAAGGCCAUUGACGAGGAGUUCGAAGAGGAGGAGGAGGAGGACGAUGAUGAUGAAGUACUGGACAAGAGACGCAAGAAAGGCCGCAAGCGACGACGUCAAGACGAUUCUGAUGAAGAGGAAGCGCCAUGUUCAUCGAAGAAAAAGAGUAAAACAGAAAUUAAUCAAACUAAGAAGCGUCUCAAGAGCAUUAUGAAGAAAGUCAUUGAUUUCACUGAUGACGCCGGUCGAGUACUGUCGGAGCCAUUCAUGAAACUUCCUUCGCGACGAGAACUACCAGACUAUUACGACGUUAUAAAGAAACCCUUGGACAUCAAGAAGAUAAUGAACAGAAUUGAAGAUGGCAAGUACUCUGACAUAACUGACUUGGAGCGUGAUUUCUUCACUCUAUGUGCUAACGCCCAAACGUACAACGAGGAGGCGUCCCUCAUCUACGAGGACUCGGUGCGCCUCCGCAACGUGUUCAUUGAGUUCCGCCGCCGGUACGACGCCGCACAGAACUCAGACGACUCGGAUGACAAUGAUAAAGAUGAGGACGAUUCAGAUGGGGAAUCAAAUCGCUCAGUAAAAAUGAAAAUAAAACUGAAGGGUAAAAGCAAAAAUACACCGACAAGAAAACGCAAACAGCGCAAGUAUAUCUCCGAUGACGAGGAUUAUGAAGAGGAUUAGUUUAUUAUAUUUAGUUUUAAUGACUUUGCAUAUAAGCUGACAUAUAUUGGAAUUUUAAAUGACUUUGAAUCUUUAUUAUGUAAGUUAUUCUUUUUAUUAAUAGUAAAAUGUACUAAAAGUAUUUGUGAUUUGCAUGUUUAUCAAGAACUUCUUAAUUUAAAACGUGACAUGAAAGAU